AUGUUAUGGUUAUUCGUGACGUUUUUUUUAGGAAAAAGUUCUGGAUUUUUACUACCUUAUCCCGUCGAUAAUGAAAUUGUCUGGAUAAAAAAUGUGACUCCCAAAAUAAUAAUAACACCGUAUGUGGAAGCUGGAAACAUAAAAGAAGCUUUGGAUUUAACAUUGGUCGAACCAUUAAAAGGAAACAUCGUGAGUUAUGCCGGAUACGUAACAGUGGAUAAAAAUUGCGAUUCGAAUUUAUUUUUUUGGUUUUUCCCCGGGAAAAAUUUAGAAAAAUCCCCUGUAUCCGUUUGGUUACAGGGAGGACCGGGAGCAUCGUCACUUUACGGUCUCCUUACCGAAAACGGUCCCUACGAAUUAACACCAUCGGGUAAAAUAAAAAUUCGAAAAUAUCCCUGGACGGAAAUAAGUUCGUAUAUGUACAUAGAUAAUCCGGUCGGAACCGGUUUCAGUUAUGCUAAAAACGAAAGUUGUUAUUCGAAAAAUCAAAAUGAAGUUGGUAGAAAUCUUUUGGUGGGUAUAAAACAAAUAUUGAAAUUAUUUCCGACUCUUUCCUCGAAUCCUUUUUACGUUACCGGAGAAUCUUAUGCUGGAAAAUACGUUCCAGCACUCGCGUAUGCCAUACACAAAGAUAAUUCCGCCAAUGAUAAAAUUAAUCUCAAAGGUUUGGCAAUCGGAAACGGUUUGGUCGAUCCUUACAAUCAACUUAUUUAUUCUGAUUAUUUAUAUCAAUUGGGCAUCAUAGAUGAUUAUGGAAAGGAUUACAUGAAAAAGGAAGAAGAUUCCUGUCGGGAUUACAUAUCUAAAAAUAAUUGGAUACAAGCUUUUCAUUGCUUCGAUCAACUAUUAAACGGAGACAUGACAAACGGUUCGACAUUUUUUAAUAACGUUACAGGUUUCUCUUAUUAUUUCAAUUAUUUAUAUUCCAACGGUCGUCAAGAAGGAGACAUAAAUAAUUUUUUAAACAAACCAUACGUGAUUGAAAAACAUUUAAUGGAAGACGUUAUGAAAUCCGUUAGACCGUGGCUAGAAGAAUUACUCGAACAUUAUAAAGUUUUAAUAUAUAAUGGACAAUUGGAUAUAAUCGUUGCUUAUCCUCUCACAAAAGGAUAUUUAAAUAAACUUAAUUGGUCCGCAGCUGGAGAAUAUAAAAAAGCACAACGUCACAUUUGGCGUGUCGAUAAUGACGUGGCAGGAUACGUUAAAUCCGCGGGAAAUUUAAAAGAAGUUUUAGUACGUAAUGCCGGUCACAUGGUGCCAGCAGAUCAACCUAAAUGGGCAUUUGAUUUAAUAUCGAGAUUUUUUAACGACAAACCAUUUUAUUAA